AUCAUCACUUGUGUCAUAACGUGAAAAGCGCGUUGGGGAUUCUCUGUUGCCAAGGAGCUUGAUUGUACUCUGGUUGUCACUGCUUGUGUGAACUAUUUGGAAGCUGUUCCUUGGGAGGAAGGUGAAGAGGAAGAGAUGCUGAGGGUUAUACUGAUGAUUGGACCGGAGGCAGAGCCGGUUCUUGCUCGUUUACAGCCGGUUGAUCAGUCUGCUGUUACAGGAAUCUUCUCGUCUGCUUUUAGAUUCGCUACCUCGUCCCCUCCUUUGCCCUUGUGUGACAUAAAAGCAUCUGCUCAGGAACAGAUUGAGUAUAUGAUAACCGAAGAUGAUGAUGCUCCACUGCUGAUUGCUGAUGAAGUCAUCAAGCUUGAAGUAAAGGAAUGUGUGAAGAGCUUGUUUGCUAGAUUCUUCCAGUGUCUAGAAGCAAUGGAUUCUGAGGAUGUCACUUGCAGGAACGGGUCUUUAAGGAUGGUUGUGUCGGAUUUGUCAUGGGCUUUUCAGAUACUAACAAAGAUGGAAAUGGUGAGAGAUUUUGUUGUAACAUGGGUUGAGACAUCUGAGAAGUUAGUUAAGGUAGUUGAAGCGAUGGAAACGGCUGCAGAGACAGUUGAGAUAAGAGUUAAAGUCACUGAGGUAUUACCAACAGUCAAACGACUUCAGAUGGUUAAACUAUGGCUUCCUUUUGUAAGAGAAACAAAGCCUCUUGUUGACUCAGCAGUAACCGAUCAAGAAUGAUGAUGGAGAAGAAGAUAAGGUCUCUUUUUACUCUUCCAUAAAGAGUAUAAACAAAAUAAAGAGUAUAAAUUCAAAUGUAGAAUGUAGGUCUCUUUUUACUCUUCCUUGUGUGUUCUCUGCCAAAUCCAACAUCGGCAGGUUACACCAGUCUGUAAAUAUGUUUUAAGUACUAAGCAAUUGUG